GCUGGCGCGGCGCGCGCCGGCCGUAUCCCCGUGGCCAUGCUGUGCCGCGCGCUGCUCCGCCGCGCCGCCGCCGCGCCCGCCCGUCGGUCCUCAGCGCUUCCCCUGCAGCAUCUCUUGGACAGCUACCAGUGCAGCCGAGAAGAUGACCACCUGUCUUACGGGAGAACGGGAAUGCCAGUCCCUCCUUUCGGCUGCACCUUUUCUACAGCCCCAAAUUUGGAGCACGUCCUGGCAGUUGCAAAUGAAGAAGGGUUUGUUAGACUGUAUGAUACUGAAGCACAGACCACCAGCAAGCUCAUCUUUAAAGAAUGGCAGGCUCACUCAAAUGCUGUCUUUGACCUUGCCUGGGUGCCAGGGGAACACAGGAUUGUCACUGCUUCAGGAGAUCAGACAGCCAAGGUGUGGGAUGUGAGAGCUGGCGAGCUUCUUGGCAUAUGCAAAGGGCACCAGUGUAGCCUCAAGUCAGUUGCUUUUUCUAGAUUUGAGAAAGCUGUUUUCUGUACUGGAGGGAGAGAUGGAAACAUCAUGGUUUGGGAUACCAGGUGCAACAAGAAAGAUGGCUUUUACAGGCAAGUAAAUCAAAUCAGUGGAGCACACAAUGUGGCUGACAAGCAGACUCCUUCCAAACCAAAGAAGAAGAGGCAGAACUUAAGAGGACUUGCUCCUUUGGUGGAUUUCCAGCAGAGUGUAACUGUGGUGCUGCUUCAGGAUGAGCAUACUCUUAUCUCUGCAGGAGCUGUUGAUGGCGUGAUCAAAGUGUGGGACUUGCGCAGGAACUACGCCGCUUUCCGUCAGGACCCGCUGCCCCUCAGGUCCUUCUGCUACCCUGGAACGAGCACUCGCAAGCUUGGAUAUUCUAGCCUGGUUUUGGAUUCCACUGGUGCUAAUCUGUUUGCUAACUGCACUGAUGACAGUAUCUACAUGUUCAAUAUGACAAGUUUAAGGACCACUCCAGUGGCAGUUUUCAGUGGACACCAGAAUUCAACCUUUUACAUCAAAUCCAGCACCAGCCCAGAUGACCAGUUCCUGGUCAGUGGCUCGAGUGACUGCAACGCAUACAUCUGGAAGGUUUCUGAGCCCAGCCUUCCUCCACGGAUACUCCUCGGUCACUGUCAGGAAGUUACCUCCAUUGCUUGGUGUCCUUCAGACUUCACUAAGAUUGCCACAUGCUCUGAUGACAACACUGUGAGGAUUUGGCGUUUACAUCGUUGUCCUGAGGAAGAGAAAUCAGUAUCCAGAAAAGCCAACUUGGUAGGCUGGGUCACUCAGAAGAAACCAGAAGAACAACAUGGAGCAGGGCCACCAGCCAGCCCACAAAGCACUCCUGCCAAGGCUCUGACAGCAGGCAGCACGUGCAUUUCCUCACCACGGCCUGCUGCCUGUGCUCCCACUCACUCCGGAGACCUUCCGCUGCCCACCAACACUCCCACCGUCGCUCUCAAAACACCGACCGCCACAGCCUCCACCCCGGCCAAGCCGCCUGCAGCCAGCCCUUGUGCAUCCCCCAAACUGAUCCCUUCCUCCAAAAUGUCCAUCAAACACUGGGUUACAAGGACUCCGUGCUCUUCUCCUCCAGAAGUGGAGAAAAAGGCUCCUUCUCCUAGAAAAGCCCUGGCAGAAGUCACCCAAGUCACCCAGGGUCUCCUGGAAGCUGCUUGCCCUCCUCAAGUCCCACACUCACAGUUAGAAAAGCGUGCCAAGAGAAGGCUUGACUGCAGCAAGGAGGCUGAUGCAGGGAAGAAGUGUCUGCAGGGCUGUAGUUGUGUGACUGAGCUGGACCACGCAGCGAAGAAAUCCAAGCUGAAUUUAUGUCACUUGGUUCCAGACCAAAAAGCUUCUGAUGAAGACUCUCUCAGCCUGGCUGACUUGUGUAACGACCAUGAAGGCUCCAGCCACAGCCCAAAAGAGCCUUCCCUUUCUGGAAGCCAUAUUAAUUCAUCAGGCAUUCAAACUUCCCCCCAUCAUUUCAGAUCUCCACGUGGGAAAGACAGUGAGGUAGUAGAUAAAGAGAACAGUUCUCCUGAAAGAAAAAAUUGGUUGUCUGCUCUGGGAGAGAAGCUACGGACUGGCAGACCUGGCAACCAGAGCACGUCACACAGCCCUCCGUCAUCCUGCAGUCCUGGUGCCAAAAGACAAGAGUCUGUGGCAGUGGCCACUUCGCCAAAAACUGUUGCAGCCACUUCAGUGUCCAUGAGGAAGAUCUGCACAUACUUCCACAGAAUGACUGAAACAGCGUGUGGCGCUUGCACCUGAGGGAUGUUGACACCAAGACCAGACUUACCAAUGCCAGCAAUGAUGCACCAGGAUUACAGUUUGUUGUCAGACUUUCAUAGACUUGAGGUUUUAGUCUUCCCAUUUUUAAAGCUGUUAUCAGUUGAAGAGAGCUGAGUGUGUAAAUUCUAUACCAUACUCACUCAUGGUCUCUUUCUGACUUAGGGUAUGUAUUUUUUUAUAAACAAAAUAUUUUUCACGUGGCACCUGUUCUAGCCCAAAGACAGACACAGCUCUGCUGUAUAUUGUUGACAGGCACAUAUAGCUUGUCAGUUUCUGUUACUAAUCUGCUGUUCAAACUGCUACUGCUUAAGAAUACUGUGCAAUCAUUACAGUCUCCUGAAAAGUAAGUGUUGAAAUGUGUGUAGAGAAAUUUACUGGAGGAACAUUUGAGCCUCUUCAUGUUGAAUGGCAUUUCUACAAUUAUUCCUCUAGUACUGCAAUGACUGUCUUCUUCCAGCAGGGAAGUUAGAAAUGUGUUAAUUAAAUCUAAAAACCUUCCAAAUAGCCUACAUCCAUCUGAUGGUGACUAUGGUGUAAGAAGAGACAAAGUUUUAAUCAGGUACAUAAUGCCUGUACUCCCCUUGCUAUCCCCUUUCUUCUCCCACCCUGUAAACUGCUGUAUUUACCUACUUAGCUGCCUCUUGAACCAUCAGCACUACAGCUCUUAAGACCAAAAGUUUACCACUUUACUGAAAUAAAAUACUGGCAAAGUGGGUUCAAAUAAUUUGUUUGAUCUGUCCUAAAUAGACAUCCUGUAACAGCCCAUUGUCACUCAGCUCUUACAGGUUCAGCCUGUAGCAAAGGCAUUAGUAACUGCUUAUAACAUACCUUCAUAACAGUUUUAUAAUACAGUAUUACAAAAUAAUACCUUGUAAAUUGUGGGAGAGGCAACUGACAUUUUAGAAAGCACUUGAGAUCGUUUACAUAUUAAUAUUAAAGGCUUUGCCAUUGCAAGUUGUCCCCAGUGCUGAUAGAACAAGAUCAAUGAAAUGAGAUCACUGUCCUGCUGGCUAAUGACACUAAUUCCUCAGCCCUGCUUUCCCCAGGAUCUUCUAGUAGAAGACCCCUAUCUUAUGUUGUAGCAUUCACUCUGUUUUCUGGUGUUAUCAUUCCCAUGAACUUCAAAAUCAGUCAAACCCUUUGAGUCCCUAUUAUGUUUUUCCACUGCAGAAGAAUUGAGGUAUGUGAAGGGGAUAUGAUCCCACUAACUUAUGUUUUCUUAAAUUUUAACCUCUACUUUACAGUAACAUUGGAAAGUAUGGUAGCUGAAAGGGAUUAGAAGGAACAAGCUGGUUUGUAUUUUGCAAGGAAAUAAAUUACU